AUGGCUUUAGAGGUUCUCAGGGCCUGCAGAGCAAACGGGGACUGGGUGAAAGCCCUGCAGGCCCUGCAAUGUGCUGGAAGCUCUCCCUGGAGCCUUCUCCAGGCCCGCAAAGCUGCAAAACCCAAGGGUGGCAAAGGCAAAAGGUCCAAAAAGGGCACAAAGAAGGAUGUGAAAGAAGUGGAUCUCUUCAGCCCAGCUGCCAUGCUCAACGCUUACUACAUCUCUCACAACGCUGCUGCCUUCCUGGAAUUCCGGGGCCAUCCCUGGCCUGGCUCUCUCAAAAAGAAGGGGAAGAAAAAGAAGUGAGAACCAAACUCGCUGGUGAAGACUCUGCUGUGAUUAAACCACCCUGCCCUCGGCAGUGCUCAGCUCAAAUGCCAGUGUCCCCUGCCACUUUUCUCGGUCCCUGCUGUGUCUGUACAAAGACACUUUGAUUGCAGCUCACGCACAGUGACAAGUGGCAGGGGACACUGUGCCAUUGUCACUUCAGCCGUGGCCCUUCACCCUGCUGGUCUGCGUGGCGCGGAGCACUGUGCCUCCAGGGGCUGGGCUGUGCUGGGGCUGGAUUCACCCACCCCGUGCCACUCCUUAGGGAUGGGAUGAGUCCCGAGACCUCCUUGAGCUCAGGAAGGACUGACAGAGCCAGUGGUGUGAGGAGAGGCUGAGGGAGCUGGGCAGGGGCUCAGCCUGGAGCAGAGGAGGCUCAGGGGGACCUUGUGGCUCUGCACAAGUCCCUGCCAGGA